AUGGACCAGGGUGCUAUAGCAACGAUCAAAGCGUACUAUUUGCGCAAACCUUUUUCCAAAGCUGUAGCAGAAACAGAACAUGGUGAAGUAACCCUUCAUGGAUUUUGGAAAUCAUACAACAUUUUACACUGCAGAAACAACAUUAAAUCAGCUUCGGAUAAAGUAACAGAAAAGUGUAUGCAAGGUAUAUGGCAAAAAUUCCUAAAACGUUUUGUCAAUAACCAUAAAGGGUUUGACAGAGACCAGUAUAUUGAUGGCAUAAAUCAAAAAGUUGUGGAAUCUGAUAAUGUGCUUAAUUUAGAUGUUGAAGUGGAAGAUAUUGAAGAAUUAGUGGAAUAUGUCGAGGGAGAGCUAAUGAAGAUUUAG